AUGGUCAUGCCUCGUGCAUAAGUAUGUGGGAGCACAUGGCUGGCAUAUUAGAAUUUUCAAUUUUGUACUGAUCUAGUAAAACGUCAUUCGUAACAACUGCAACGGGCGGAACAUGAAACCGGCUUGAUGCAGUAGUGAGUGAGAGAAGAGGAUGAGUGAGCUGCAAGAUGUGAUGAAAUUUUGAACGCAAGAAGAUGAACAUGCCAGUUAAAGCUCGUGUGUUGCAACGCGAAGAUGUAGUACUACGUGGGAAGAAGAUCAUCACAUGCCUGGGUAGAAGUACGUCGACCGUUCAAUUCGUAAAAACGGCGCAUCACGGACACGAGUGCCAUUCAUUCUUGAAGAUAUGGAUGAGUAAAUGAUCAAAAGCUUUUUAGGAAGAGCAGAAGCAAGUUACUUAUCAUGCUCUGUGACGUAGUACCCUACUAGUAAACUUCCUGGAAUAAAUUAAAGCUGACCACACGUUGAGAGAUGCACGUAAAUGAUUUCUCUGACUGUAGUCAACUUCCGCUACUGCACGACGUACACUUUAGUAAAUGCCUGAAGUAUGCUCUUUUCUCGCAAUUGUCACAACUUUCCGCCCCGCAGCGGUAGAGGCCGGGAAGUCGAAAUAGCCUAUGCUCGUAGAAGUUCUUUACCAAUGCAAAUUGUAAUUGUGGGUCGAAGAACAAGAAGUGUCUGGUCGAAAUACUUAUUUUCACACGUCGAAAGAACAAAUCGUUGAUCCGUAGCUUAGGAGAAAUAAACUCUUGUACUGCUUCCGUAUAAUCGCACGACUAUACAGUUAUCACGUUGAGAGUUUUUCUUAGUUUCGCUCCGCAAAGAUUUUUUUACUGAUUACGUAUCGUCAUUGUGAUACUUCUCUUCACUUCUUGCACGUCGAGGACGCUGUAAACUAGCUAGAACAAAUCAAGCAAGAUGCCGAGCACCAGCAAAGCUUCCAGCUCUACGGCGAUGAAGUCGAUGAAGAAAACUUAUGCAAUGCAAAAGCAUCGUACUAGUAUAAAUUGCAUUACAAAUUAGCCCAGCGUGGUUACAGAUUAAAUUUGUAAUGCUGACUCACCUUGAGAAAGAGAUUUGUCAUGCAUAGAUGCAAUUACUACGAGUGCGAUAGUUUUGCAGUUCAUAAAACCGCUUCCGAAGCGAUGAAGAAGUCGUCCGAGGCUGCAACGUAUGCCUGGCAAAUAUGUCUGGGUCUGGAAACUUGUGAUGCAAGAAAGAGAACAGUGAACUCACUAUGAUGCGCUGCCAAGCAUGGCAAGUUUUUUUCAUGGUUCUGAGUUGUGUACUCCGCAUGACAAACCGCGUUUUUGCAUGACGGGGGGGAGGAGCUCUUCGCGGCCGUGCAACACAGAGCUCAGAGUCAUGCCAGGCUUGCAUGACAAAUCUCGCAAUCUCCCAGACCCAGACAUUUUUGCAAUUCAUACAACGACCAGCAUGAAGAAGGCUGUAUUAUAUCAAGGAUAUUUACAACUUGUUCAACAUCCUAAGUCGACAUUAUGAGGACCACUCCAAAACUUAGAAUGAAAGUAGAAAAUUAAAAUCGAUUUGCAUGAGGCGGGGAAUUAUCCUCAACUAGACGGGCAGUAAAAUAAGUACUGGAAAAAAAAUCAUGCGAUAUACAACAAGAAACAAAUAUUACAGAUGAAGGCCGCUCCAGUGACCGCUAUGAAGAAGAUGUCGGAGCCGGUCGCAAAGAAAGCUGCCUCAGCAAUGAAGAAGGCAAUGAAGUCCGUAUCCUGUGUAAAAACGUCCCAACUCCCCAUAGUUGUCAUGCAAAUGCGCAAUGACAGGAAUGGAAGACGAGGAGUUAGAUUUGUAAAUGCCCAUCUCCAUGACAGGCAUUUCAUUUGCAAUCGUGUUUUGGCGUUUGUAAUGCUGUGAACAAUGCGGCUUCCCUUGCUAACCAGCACUACACUGCAGAUGGAAACUUGUCAUGCGCAACUCCUAAGACUUGGAGACUUGUGUUGCAGAUUUACCAACCUGACUACGGGGUGGGGACGUUUUUGCUUUUGAUAGUCCGCCAUGAAGGUAGCACCAAUGAAGGCAGCACCCGCGGCUGCGCCAGCAUCGGAGGAGGAAGAGCCGGUCGUGGAGGUAUAGAAUCUAUUGCAAGUGUUGCUUCCCUGGCAUUAAGAAGUAUCUAUGCAUAAACCAUAGAUAUUAGAAGCAAGCGUGAUAAUAAAGCUACAGACAUAUUACUGCUCUCAUGAAGAUGAUGAAGGAAAACGUUCUUCCUUUGCUGAAAAUCCAAACCACCGGAUCAUCCCUACAACUUCCACAGGAACAAACUACUGCGGUCGCGAGAAAGUCGUACUUUGCCUUCCUGGGAAACGGGGUCGCGCUGUACUCCAUCAGUCUUCUGGUCGUGCUCCUCUCCCUGAUCGCCUACUUUUACGUGUUCCUGUACGGGUUUCCGGAAACCACCGCGCUGACCGGCUUCUUCGCGAAUCUGGACAAGCACCUGAAUGAUUUCAGCGUCUACGUGAGCAAGUUCGUCGAGGACCUGCUCGGUAGCGGCUCCGCUGCUCCGGUCAAGAAGACCAUGAUGGCCCAAGCCCCGGCUGCCGGUACCGCCCCGUCCACGGUGAAUGUGAAUGCCGCGGUGAAGGGCGCCGCCAAGAUGGCGGAAAAAGGCAUGAAGGGAAUGACGAAGGGUGGAAUUUAAAAUCGGGGUGAAUUUUUCACGGGGUGGACAAAGAUUUUUGAUAUAAAAAAGAAAGCACUUGGUACAACACCAUGAUUGAUCAUACAACACGAAAUAAAGAUGGGGAGCUGGUGCAGAAAAGACACCGCAGGUCCAAAAACAACGUCUCCGCAAUGAACUCGCUAAUGUCAUGAUUUAUUUCAGCUACUUGCUACACUCAGCCGGACGGCAAAGAUACCUGUCCUGGCCUGAGCCUGUAGCACGCGCUGUCAAGAAGAAGAACCCCUUUAUUAUACGUAAGUACAAUAUUAAAUUUAAGUCGUGCUACAAGACGAAUGCAACAUGUAUUUUCCGCACGAUGGAGAUAGUGCUGGGGUUCAAACAAUUCCAUCCAGUUUACUUACAAUUGUCGCUGAAUUAAGAACAAUUUUAAUUCUGCAAUCGUGAUUUCGAUUGUGGAAUCUCAUGUACAACCAUCCAGUUUACUCGUAACUUCAACAAAACUCGAAACGAAAACCAGAACUGAUCAGAGUAUGGUGCCGGUCAGCUCUGGACCAAGGGCACUUUUGCGGAGGUGGACUUGCAACUAGAUCGGGCUCGUCCUCAGCAGAGAUACUACUAGUAUGUCGCAAAAAGCUUGUUGUACAAGAAGAUGAAACGACGCGCUUAACAAGUUUUCAAACUGUAAUAUGAUUCUAUGUGCUGCUAUUGUACUAUUUCAUAUCAAAAUAAAUUC